AUGCUUCCAACUCUUCCAAACGAGGUCUUGAGCACGAUCUUCGGCCAUCUCAUGACCGAGAAUGAGAAACAUUGCCUCGGUUUUCAACACCUUGGUGAUAUCACAAAGGUCCGCCUGGUGUGCCGUCUUUGGAACGACCUAGCAUCUAAGCAUCUUUUCCGGACGCUAGCACUCCAUAACGAUAUAGACACCAUGACGAGCUGGUUCUAUCACUGGCAUCGUCUUAUAGGUUCAAAGACAGUUGCAGAUGCUGCUCGGCGCAUCACGAUCGAGUCUGCCGCAGAGGACUGGCAAGGUUCAUGCCACAAAGACUCCUGGCCUGCAUCGUGGGAGGAAAGCGGUAAAUGGCCUGCUUUCGUGUCGGCGAUCGAGAGAAUCUACGAUAUGCCCAACCUCGAUGCUAUCGAGGUCCGCUUCACAUCUUGCUGCGCCGGACCAGACGCGGAUCGACAGCCUUGGGGUGAUGUCGAAGUUGCCGAUCCUGAACCGACCGCCACUCGUCUCUAUACGCUCAGCGCAGUUGCUGAAACCGUUGAAAAGCGAGCUACGCGUCCAAAAAUGUCAGUCAUUCGCGAAUUAGUGUUGGAUAAUCUACAAAACAUGCCACUACCCAACACCAUCGCAAGCAGCGUGCUCCAAAACAUCCAACGGCUGCACAUCAGGAUUCUCUCUGAAAGCUACGGAAAGCUGCAUCCUGACGAGGAGAGACCUGACCUCGUUCAUCGGGAAGAGCUGAGACGGUUUCCCCGUUACCUGCAAAACAAGCUAUUGCCGUUGGUAGCAAAUCAGCUUGUCGAAUUGACAAUCUCUGGUAAGCACUGGGGAAGUAUCCCUGGAGAAUUCAACGGAAAAGGGCUAUCAUUUCCCAAUCUGAGGACCUUGACGUUGGACGGCUUUGACAUCCUUCACAAGGAUCAAUUUCAGUGGAUUCUGGAGCAGAAGACUCUCAUGGCUCUACAUCUGCACAACUGCACCAUCGCCGCCUAUUGUCAUGUGCAGCAUCCUGACUUUUCCCGCUGGAAUGUUGACUUACAAGGUUGGUCAAAGGUCAAUGCUUUGGGCCUUGGACCUUUCGCUGGCUGGUAUGAAAGCAGACUGAGAUGGGACACUUUAUUCCACAGUAUCCGCGAAAGCCUUCCCCGGUUGAGGCGCUUCAGCUUUGACAGGCAGCCCUGGGCAGUGUAUUUCAGGCACGACACAUGUCCGUUCCCUGGGCAAAUGGAGUUGCGGUAUCUCGCCUUUUCCGGGCGCUGGUUUGAGCCGCCACGCCUUCAUUAUUAUGAAAGGAGUGAGCUGCAGAAGAGUAUGCCGCGCUUGGUAGACGAGUCACUGGUAAAGGCUGAAAAGCCAGAUAGCCAAGCGUUGGAGAAGUUACUCCAAACCGUCAAAGACCGAGUUUAA